AUGACAACCAUCGUUUUAAAUCAUACCAAUCAAGUGAGAUCCGAUGAACUAAAUGAAUUCUAUCAUGGAUGUCUAAAUGAAGCUGAACGUUACUUAGCAUCCGAACAAGACGCCAACGAUGAUGCACCGGAAACGGAAAGUUUAGAAAAACAAUCACCGGGAACGUCGACCUACAAUCGUCCGUGUUCGGAAUUUUCGAUGUUGACAUCAUCGGCUGCAUCAAAACAAGGCAUCUCUCGUUCAUAUCAAUUGGCGCAAUUACAACAAGCUCUUCAAGCAGCACAACUCUUGAAAACAAAUGCAGAUCGCAUUCAAUUCGAAAAUGAAUAUCUAGCUGCGAUUAAAGAUAACUCGUUCGAUCGAUUUGCACGACAUUAUUAUAAGAAAAUUCGCGAUCGUUAUGAUCGAAUCAAAAAGGAGGAAGAAAAAAAACGAAUCCGACGAUUCGCUUUUGUGGAUUUUGAGAAAAACUUUAUGGCUUUGUAUCCCACUGCAAGAGACAUUCAGAUUAUAUUUCUCAAUAACCAACAACCGUCAACAGUCACAAAAUCUACCGAUUCGCGGUCAGCAUCUGCACAUCUGAAAUCGGCGCCCACAGUUGAACGUGAUACGGAGUCUAUUGAGUUGUUCUACGCUGACUGUUCUCGUCGUUUCCUUCACAAUGAUGCUCGCGCAAAGAAAGAAAUUGAAGGAUUCGCGCAUCGAGCAGCUCGAAAUCUUGCCGAACGCAUUCCGGCCAUAAAAAAUCCUUGCCAGCAUGUUCAAAUCGUCGAUAAACGUGAAAAUAUCGGCAAACCUAAUGAACGUACUCUACUUGAAACGACCCAUAAACAUGCAAUGUCACGAAUUUUACAACGUCGUCAACUAAUUACGAAAAUGAUGGUACAAACGAAAAAGAAUCAAUUCAAAAUGCAAGGUCAAUGGAAACGGCGACCUAUUGGUGUUGAUAAUCCCACAUGUUAUCGAGAGAUUCUCGAACGUACAAACCAAUUCGAAGAAGAAUAUCUCGAUCGACCUAUCACACGACCUCAAACUGCAGCUGUUGUUUCACGAACAUCUCCAAUAAAAAGUCUUCCGUUGUCUGCAUCAACUAAUUUGUCACCCUCCAGAGUCAAUACUGCACCGACGUUGGAAUCAUGUUUAACGCCAUUUCAAGAUUCCGUCACUUUAUUUGAGCUCGAAAACACGAAAAACCUUCGGGUUCUUCUUCCAACACGACCAUUGACAGCACCGACUAAAACCGACUGGGUGAACUAUUGUUAA